AUGCCCAGUAACACAGCUCCAAAUCCUCGACCAGUGCCUACGUCCAAGAUGAAUCCAUAUGUAGCUCAGUCGGAUGAUGACGUUGAAUGCCUAGCCCUGCUCAAGAAAGUGUUAUCUGGUUAUGCGAGCGAGCGAGAGGCGGGUCCAUUAUUGUUGGAUUGGCUUGCACUCACAAAGAUCAAACCGUUCACUAUGCUACCCCUGUGUCUCAAGCCGGACAUAGAUGCCAAGCCAUAUCCUCCCCUGUUCAUGUAUGGUUGGCAUGCCAAUGAUGAUAAACUGCUGGAUUAUGCAGUUCAGAAUGAGCUCGUCGAGAGGUGGUGGGUACCCCCGAAAUCUGAUCAAGAGUAUGGCAGGGAUGGUGAUAAUGGAGAUGGGGAAGAUGAGGGAGAUGAGGGAGACGAAGACGAGGAAGAUGAAGAUGAGGAAGACGAGGAAGAUGAGGAAGACGAGGAAGAUGAGGAAGACGAGGAAGACGGAGGAUCGACACGCACUCUUUCCAAGUGGGACGACCGCAAAGCCGAUCGUGCAGCGUCUAUGCUGAAAGCCAUCGCCCAUAUACUCCAACAGAACCAGCUGGAGAAGUAUGCCAGCAACGUGAAGUUGUACACCACCGUAUACAAGGCGCUGGAUCCCGGUAGCAAGGUCAUCAUCACUUUGUUCACAAACUAUAGCCUGGACAAGGUAUUGCCGUUGGAGACUGUGAAGGAUAUCCAGAGGGCACUCGGCACGUCGGAGGUCUCUUGUUGGUACAUGUCAAGCAGAGAUUGUAAAUGGGAUGAGGAUAGCCACAAGGGCAACUAG